AUGAAGCGGUUACGGCCGUCACGAUGGAACGCAGGGCAACUGCUCCAGGCUCGUGCUGCCAGCGCACCUCUGCCCCCUAGACGACCAUACCUGCACCAGUGCCAAUUGCGAUGCCUCGAGACCGACGCGUCCCCCGCCGAGACGAUGGCGAUACCGGCGAACAUGACCUCGAGCCUGGACGGCGGCGCCGGCGGCCCCAGCAGCAGCCGAUCGAGGAUAUCCCCUAAACUCUCUGCCCUCCACGCCCGUCUCUCUCUACCAAAGACCCUUCCUCUCCCCACCCUGGCCCGCGCUCUCAUCACCCCGUCCGCCAACAGAGACCACGGCGCCAAUAACAAGAGCCUGGCCGUCCUCGGCGUCUCGAUCAUCAACUAUCACGUCACCGAGUACCUGCUCUGCAAGUGGCCCCGUCUGCCCAUGGGUGUCAUGUACCAGGCACUGCGAGGCUACGUCGGCCCCGAAUCGCUUGGCGAGAUGGCCAGGCGAUGGGGUGCCGAGACCGCACAUGCCCCCGGCCCCGAAGUCGACCCGGGUCUGUUGCAGUGGGAGCCCACCAGGAUCGUACCCGGGGAGAAUUGGGGUGGUUACCUCACCCGGGAGGAGCUGUCAGGGUUCGAUCGCAGAGCAGGCGACCUCGACGUCCACAACGGACCCCAGAAGAUUGAGCAGUGGGAGAACCAUGCCUUUGCCUCGUUCGCCCAGGCCCUGGUCGGAGCCAUCUACAGCCACAGCGGCCGCGAAGCCGCGAAGCAAUUCGUCGAGUCGCAUAUUCUGAGCCGUCAGCUCGAAAUGGGCACGCUCUUCAAAUUUGUCAACCCCCUGCGCGAGCUCUCCCUGCUCUGCAAGCGCGAGGGGUUCGAGGCGCCGAUUGCGCGGCUCGAGUCCGAGACGGGUCGCAUGUCGCGUACGCCCGUCUUCCUGGUCGGCAUCUACAGCGGCAAGGAGAAGCUCGGCGAGGGGGCAGGGUCGAGUCUGCAGAUGGCGAGGAAGAAGGCAGCCAUGGCCUCGCUCAAGGCGUGGUAUCUCUACAGCCCUGGGAAUAAAGUGCGGGUACCCAGCGACAUAUUCAAGAAGGGCGCGGCGAAAUGGAGGGCGCCAUACAUUGAUUGUGGCGAGGUGAUCACCUGA